AUGCGACCAAUCCUGCGGGUGCUAGUCCCUAGAAGGCUUUCAAUUGCAGUCGUUGCAAUAGUCUUUAUAGCCUAUAACCAUUUCUCUGACGGCGUCCUGAGUGACAACCUCUUUCGCCCCCCAGCGAUCCCUGAUGAUCCACCAGGCGCAUUGGAUAAUCACCCCGUGGUAAAACUACACCAACAGGCACAGCAAGAUUUCAAAGCCCUCCUCGCCCGGCAGUCGAGAAACCCCGACGAUGCUGAGACUGAAUACAGACGGCGCUAUCGCAGAGAACCGCCUGCCGGCUUUCGCCAGUGGGUUGCCCAUGCCCUUGCCAACGGAUCACCCAUUAUUGACGACUUUGACAUAAUCGCCGAGAGUGUCCACCCCUUUCUAAAGUACAGUGCCCAGCAGGUUAACCAGAGCGUCCAUGAUGCCCAGCAGCAGAGCAAGACUAAAUCCACCUCUAUAUGCAAGUUUUCAGCCGGAAGGUUCGGGAGCGGAUGUCGAGCUUGGAGCGAGCCUCUUACCAGACUGUUGGGUGAUGCGCACAGGUUCCUUCCAGAUCUCGAGCUGUACAUCAACUUUCUCGACGAACCUUCGGUACUGUUAGGCACAGAAGCAGCUACACGGGACGAAGGCGGUGCAGACGAGACUCGGGAAAAGCCCAUGUGGACGGAUCUCUCUCACCAAUCAAUAGCCAUGGCCGUGUCCGAGGCGUGCCGGGAACGAGGGGAUGAGUUUCCCCAAAUAAAGACGGCGCCGCCACAUGAUAUCAUGCUCGACAGCUCCAGCCUCCCCUCUGGAAAAGAAUUUGUCUGGAACCCAAAGAUGCAGAAGAACCUUUGCCAAAAUGCCGAGUAUGCCUCCCAGCACGGCCUCGUCAUGUGCCCAGCGACACUACAGCGGCUUUCGUCCCAAGUCCCGCUGAUUUCCCGCGCGGCCCCUUACCCCUUCUCCGACGUCCUCUUCCCCGCCACCCAUUACUCUCUCAAAUCAAGCCUAUACAGCUCGUGGUCGGACCGAUCCUGGGGCGCCAAGAAGAACGCCGUCUACUGGGCCGGAUCCUCGACGGGGGGACACUGGACCGCCGACACGUGGGUCAACGGCCACCGCCAGCGGCUCGUCGCCCUUGCCACGGGCAGAGCCAAGACCUCCACCGGCGGCACGGUCGACACGUCGCGCCUCGACGUCGCCUUGACCCGCAUCGUCGGCUGCGAGCCCCCUAAAGUCUGCGACGCCAUGUCUCGCUUCUUCUCGACCGGGAGUCGCGGGCGUCGGGACCCAGAAGACCGCGCGCUGCGCUACCGGUUCGCGCUCGACGUGGACGGCAACAGCUUCAGCGGCCGCUUCUACCGGCUGCUGGCGUCGCGCGGCGUCCCGCUCAAGAUGACCAUCUUUCGCGAGUGGCACGACGACCGCCUGCGGGCCUGGGUGCACUACGUGCCCGUCAGCGUCGGCAUGGAGGAGCUGCCCGAGCUGGUGCGGUUCUUGACCUCAACGGCGACGGGUCAGCGGGUGUCGAGGAGCAUAGCCGACGCCGGGAGGGAGUGGUACCAGCGUGCCGUGUCGCCCAGGCAUCAGGGCAUCUACCUGUAUAGGCUUAUGCUGGAGAUGGCCAGGGUGCAAGAUGAGUUGCGGGAAGCGGGGUGA